AUGGUACACAUUCGCCUGGUGCCUCAUGUUAGCCAUGGUAAACCAUGCCAUGUCUUUGAUGUUGUCGAAAGAGACAUGUCCCAAGGAACAGUGCUCAAGCUUGGUCGAUGUGCUGCUGCUACGAUACCUGCUGGUAGUGAUCCACGCAAUUGUUUGAUAUUCAGGAGUAAGGUUGUGAGCCGACAUCAUGCUGAAUUAUGGAGUGAUGGCAGCAAGUUGUACAUUCGGGAUAUCGGUUCCUCGAGUGGUACCUUUGUCAAUCACUUGCGACUUUCACCUCCCCGAAAACAAAGUAAAUCUCAGCAAGUGGUGCACGAUGGGGAUGUGAUACAGCUGGGGAUCGAUUACCAGAAAGGAAUCGAGCCUGCAUUUCGAGCAGUGCGUAUGCGAGUGGAAAUCAUGCCUUGCUCUCCUGAUAAAUCAAGGACCUUUUCAAAAGCAGUAUUCGAACGCUUACAUCACAUCACCACCACCCCAAACCGAGAGUCACAAGAAGAAGAUGAAUGUUGCAUAUGCCUUUGUCCUAUUGCAUCAUCUCAAGCUUUGUUUGUAGCUCCAUGUGCACACAUUUAUCAUUAUAAAUGUAUGCGACCUGCAAUGGAGCAGCAUUUCCCAGCUUUUUCGUGCCCUAUUUGUCGCGCCUAUUGUGAUCUCGAUGAAGAUGUGGAUGAUGAAUGCGUCAUGAUACCCACAACAACAUCCAAAAUCAAUAGGCAAAUGUCAUCCUCAAAGCACAAUCAUCGGAAUGCGCGCCAUUUCAAAACACUCUCCCCACAACAUGUACAUGCUGCAGCUUUACCAUCCACCAAGGUUGCUAUGAUACCAACACAUAGCAACAGCGUGGAUCGACCACCUGCCACGCAACAGUUGCCACACAUCCAAUUGCGUCCAUAUCAUGCCAUUGUUGCAUGA